AUGGCGGUCAGAGUUCCGUCCAUGGAGCUGAACCGCUCCCCGCCGCUCCUCUCCGGCGGCAGAGGCAAAACAUGCCUUCAGAAGCCUUUCAUUGUCCAAGCAAAGAGAUCAGGUGGAUUGGAGAAAGCAAAUACUAGGUCACGAGGACCGCAAGCUUCUGAAAAACUCAAGAAAAGAGAACCCCUGACUCAUGGGACUGUUAGUGCGCCUCUUCCGGUACCAGGACACAUACCUCGACCUCCUUACGUUGGAUCAAACAAAAUGCCCGAGAUAUCGAGUGAGAGACAAAUGCAGGACAAAGACACCAUCGUGCACAUGAAAGCUGCAUGUGAGCUUGCUGCUCGUGUUCUUCAAAAUGCAGGGAAAUUAGUCAAACCCUCUGUAACAACAGACGAAAUUGAUAAAGCAGUGCACAAGAUGAUCAUUGAUGCUGGAGCCUAUCCAUCCCCGCUUGGAUACGGUGGGUUUCCAAAAAGUGUAUGCACAUCAGUGAACGAAUGCAUGUGCCAUGGUAUUCCUGAUUCACGAGAACUAAAGGAUGGAGACAUAAUUAACAUCGAUGUCACUGUCUACUUGAACGGUUUUCAUGGGGAUACCUCUAAAACGUUUUUCUGUGGAGAAGUUGACGAAGCUGCUAAAAGACUUGUGAAGGUUACUGAAGAGUGCAUGCUUAGGGGCAUAUCAUCCUGCAAACACGGUGUGAGCUUUAAGAAAAUCGGCAGAAGAAUAAGCGAGCAUGCUGAGAGGAAUGGAUUUGGUGUCGUGGAGCAAUUUGUUGGGCAUGGAGUUGGCAGAGUUUUUCAUUCACAACCAAUUAUAUAUCACCAGCGCAACAACAUGCCAGGGCAGAUGGUUGAAGGCCAGACGUUCACAAUAGAGCCGAUCCUGACCAUGGGAAGCAACAGCAACAGCAUCGAGUGCGACAUGUGGGAGGACGGCUGGACGGCGGUGACGACGGACGGCAGCCUGGCGGCGCAGUUCGAGCACACCAUCCUCAUCACCAGGACCGGCGCAGAGAUCCUAACCAAAUGCUAGCAAAGCCAGCGCUGAAGGCCGGCAAAGAGCUCCAGGCUUCUUCUGGCACACUAUGCCCGGUGUUUUGCUGAACGGGGCCGAGGAUCUGCAUGGCCUACAUCGCUGACUUGCCGUUGCGUGCGCUAGUAUUUCGUCGGCCUGGGUGGGGGCACGAGAACGACCACCGCCAGUGCACCACGCGACGCACCCCCUUUUUUUGGAAAAGAACUCACAGUAUUAUAAAAGGUUCAUUGGAAGUAUAAAACACUUUUUUUUUGCGAGUGAAAAAUUUGUAUUACUCAACCAUCAAAGUUACA